CCUGACCACUGCCUGCGUCCGUACCGUGCAUGCAGCGGCCCUCUUAUCAUCUCAAUUCAAGUGCGCGCCCGCCCGCAUCCACUGGACGAGAGCAGCCGUCACGGAGCCUGGAACAACGUCCUCGAGCAGGGAUCUGCAGGGCCAUCAGGGGCUUAGCGCGACGGCGACGAUGCCCUCCCGAAAUUGCAUCGGCGGGUUGGAGCAACACCAGGUUUGCGGCGGCGACGACAGCGCCCCCGCCGACGAUACUUUCUCCCAGGGCGCUGCACUGUACAUUAUUUCGGAACACGACUAUGGCCGCACGCGCUCGCUGAUUCCGCUCCCGGUGCCGCGCAACGCCUGCGCUCCAGACAAGGCCCACCCGACGCUUCCUCACCGCAUUGGGGCCCCAGUCCGCCCGCUCCCACCUCGACAGCCGCGCUCCCUCAUGGCCGCGCUGGCGUAUGCCCACACGCCCGCCCAUGCCAUGGCCCCGUACGAGCUGGAGCCGCCCGACCUGACCAACUCCAAGUCGUCCAAGUCGUCCAGCUUCCACUCGGAGACGCUGUCCGACUACAUGGGCCCGAGCGACCUCUCGCACUUUGAAGAGAUCAACCUCGACGACAUUAGCGGCGGGCCGAAUGUCUUCCCCAUGCCGAGCACCGCCGACCACCGUGUCGUCUACGAGGCCCGCAGCUUUUCCUCGUCGUCGCUCCGCAGCACGCCGCAGCACUCCCAGCACUCGUUCCGCGACCUGACCGGCCGCAAGUCGUCGUACGCCGGCCCCAAGGGCCCCGCCAGCCAUGCCAUGCGCCCGCCGCCGCAGCUAGCACCCGCGAAAAUGCGGAGGGGCUUCACCUCGCCAUCGGCCCCGACGCUGCAGACGAUGAACCUGGCCGCCCCGCGCCGCUCGUCGCGGUCGCCGUCGCCCUCGAGCACCCACACGUCGGCCGCCCCGACCCUGUCGCGCAAGAGCUCGCGCGCCGCCCUCGACGUGCUGCCCUCGCCCGGGCUCGCCGCCCGCCGCCACUCGUGGCAGGACACCAAGCGCAAGACGGUGCAGGAGCGCGAGGCCGAGUGCGACGACGAGGACGACGAGCUGCCCGAGGACGCCGUCAUCUGGAACAUCCCCAUCUCGCCCCGCCCGGCCCAGGAGCGGUCGCCGGCCCCGUCCACCAACGGCAGCCCGCCGCAUCCCUCGCCCCUCGGCAGCACCGCCAGCGCCGGCCCCUCAUCGUCGAGGACGUCCCCGGCGCCCCACUCGCGCCUUCCACAGCCGCCAUCACCGCACACAUUAGGCAGGACCCCGUCGCCGCCCACACUAGAACGCCAGCGAACACACACCUGGCAGGACACAUACGGCUCCCUCGAUCCAGACGCGAGGGUGCUGACCGAGAAGCUGGAAGAGUUUCAGGUAGAGUUUGAGCGAAAACAGGAGGUCAAGCGGCAGCAGCCGGGGCUGGCCAGGUCGUCCUCGCUGAGCGAGCCUGAGACCAAGUCGAAAAAGCCCGCCCUGCCACCGAUCCGCAAGAGCGACCCCCUGAUCGACCCGUUCCAGCCGUCCGCUGAAAAGCAAAAGUACCUUUCGCGCACUCGUCCAUCGUGGUUGCCACCUAAAAACCCGAAGGAGGAGAAGAAGCACCUGAAAGAGUACCAGCGGAUGCUGGCGCGGAUCGAGGAAGCCGAACGCCUCGAAGCCCAGCGGGUCAAAGACGAGGCCCUGGCUCGCGAGAAAGCCUCCCGCAUCAAAGCCGAAUACUGGUCGAACCUGCUGCUUCCCAACUGGGCCACAGAGAUGACGCAGCCAGAGCUCCGUGCUACACAUAGGAAAAUGUGGUGGAACGGUAUUCCCCCGCGGUUGCGAGGGGAGGUCUGGUCAAAAGCAGUGGGAAACGACCUGGAAGUCACAGAGGGCACGUUCAAUAUAGCACUCGGAAAAGCAAAGCAAGAGAUCAAGCAACACGGACUCGAGGCACUGGACGGCCGCUACGCUCAAAUCCUCGAGAACACCCGCUCGGUCUUUCCCGAGCUUAGGAUGUUCGCUGCUCCCUCUUCACCGACCGCAAACGACGAGCAACCGAUGCAUCAGGACCUCGUCCAGGUAUGCCUGGCAUACGCAACCUACCGCCCCGACAUCUCGCAUAAGGAAAACGGCAUCCACCACAUCGCCGCACUACUGCUCCUCAACCUCCCAGCACCACAAACAUUCAUCACAUUAUCAAAUCUCCUCAACCGACCGCUCCCGCUCUCCUUCCUUGUCCACGACCCGAAUAAUAUCCACGCCGCAUACUCAUCCACCCUCCGCGCCCUCUCGAAAAAGUCGCCCACUCUCGCGACGCAAUUGGAAACCCUCCGCGUCGAGCCGAGGGACUACCUCUACCACAUGUUCAGCUCCCUGUUCUGCGGACGCCUCGGCGUCGAACACGCAGCCAGGAUCAUGGACGUGUACACCAUCGAGAGCGACAAAAUCCCGCCCCGCGUCGCCGUCGCCAUCCUGCUGGUGCUCGAGGGCAGCUGCAUGGAGGGCGACAAGGCCGUCGUGGAGCGUGCGCUCCGCGAGAAGAAAAUCGACAUGGACGUCGACAUCUUCAUGGCGCGCGUCUACGAGGCGGGCAAGAUGGGCCCCGCCUAGCCCCCCGCCCCGC